CUGGACGAGGCUUGGAUAAAUAAAAGGAGUCAAAGGGACACACAAAGGACACGCGGCAAAGGAUACUGCUCUUUUAUUGGAUUAGUGCAUUCUCUCGGAUUUCUCACUUCCCUCCUCCUGAGCUGACAGCAGAGGGGGAGGCACUGCAGUGAUGAAGUUCAACUAUCAUGUACCUCCGGCGUCCUCGUACACACGCAGUUCACAGUACACGCCAACGUACCACACACCUACCUAUUGCACCACCUCACAGUACACACCUACGAACUACAAAUCUACAUAUACCUCAACAACAAAGUACACCCCCACACAGUACAGCACAACACAUUACACACCUGCUUACACAGCUGCACCAACAUACAUCCCUUCAUACAGCAAAGAGCCGCGGUACACUUCAUCACGACGUGCACAAGCAAAGGAAACCCCUGCACCUGUAAUACCAGUCACACCUGCAAAGAGGACUGUGCACUUCCCCAAUGACAUCAUCUUCCAAGAUAUUGUUAGACGAGGAGAUUUGGAGCAAAUUGGUCGGUUCAUGAGAGCAAGGAAGGUUCGUGUGGAUACAAUUUUCCUCUCAGGUAUGGCAGCACUACAUGAAGCUGUGCUAACGGGAAACCUGGAGGUGGUGAAGCUGCUGGUGAAAUACGGCGCGGAUGUUCAUCAGAGAGACGAAGAUGGCUGGACGCCACUUCACAUUGCCUGCAGUGACGGCUACCCAGAAAUUGCUAGGUAUCUGCUGUCGAUUGGAGCUAGCACAGAGGCAGAGAAUGAAAAUAGUGAGAAACCUGCAGACCUCAUCGACCCAGACUGCAAAGAUCUGGUCAAACUGUUUGAGACUGGCUGUGUGUGACUGGCCACCAUGUGGAGGGAAGCAACUAUUGCCCAUCGAUAUACUGUACAUCACUGAUUUUGUCAAGCAAAAUGGUUGGUCUUUUUGUCGGUUUCAAAAGUGGUUGUUUUUUUCAAUUAUAACCGCGAAUCAACAUGCAGUUAAGCUAUAUUUCCCUUUAAUGUGGUUUCUGGUCAUAUAUUUUAUUACUUUAUUUUGUGAAUUUGUCUUUAUGCCAGCGUCUAUUUUGGAAAUAUUAUUUUUUUACUUUCUCAUGUUUCUCACAAUGUCAAAAAUGUGCCACCAAAAUCUGCUUUACCUGUUAUGUAUGCAUCCCUUUUUGAUUUGGUUAAUUUAUAUUAUCAUGAAUAUUUCAUAAUAAUGGUGGGAAGUUAAAUUGCAAGUUACAUUACACUAAACAUUACAUUAUCAACACAGUAUGUGGACCUAGAUGUUUUCUGUCUGACAAGAUAAUUAUCUUCACUGCUGGGCAGAAAGAGGAUAACCUCAAUUAAUAACCAUUAUUUCUCACUAAGAUAUUGCUGUUCUUUUCUGUAGUGAAAUCAGCAAUGAAAGUCUUAUUAUUUUCUUUUCAAUAACUAUUUUUUGUACAUUUUCAUAAAUAAAGAUACCUUUCAUAAAUA